AUGCGGUUGCCCCGCCGGCGGCGGAGCGACCAGCGCUCGGAACGUCUCAGGGCCGGGAUUUGUCAGGUGCCAGGUCCCGCCCCUCGCCGCCUGGGCCCGCCGCGCACGCGCAGUCUCCCGCACACCCGGAAGCGAAUCGAGCGACGUGAAGGCGGCGCUGGUUGGGUGACUGUUUUUUUCCUGGCCCCAGCCUGCACACUCUACACUUGGGAUGUGAUGGCCGCUGCAGUCGUAAAAGCCCCCAAAUCUGCCGAUGUCGCGACACGGCCUGCCACGUCCUUUACCUGCUUAAAACCCUUCUCUGAUGUCCGCAUCCCCUCCCGGCCGCGCCGGCGAGUGCAUACUGGAGAGAAACCUUUCAAAUGUAAUGCAUGUGGUAAGGCUUUCAUCAAACGUUCUCACCUUUGGGGCCAUGAGAGAAUUCAUACUGGAGAGAAACCUUUCAAAUGUAACGAGUGUGGCAAGGCCUUUACCGAGCGUUCAAGCCUUACUCAACACAGGAGAAUCCAUACUGGAGAGAAACCUUACAAAUGUAAUGAAUGUGGCAAAGCAUUUAUACAGAGUUCAAGUCUUGUGGAACAUCAAAGAAUUCAUACUGGAGAAAAACCCUACAAAUGUGCUGAAUGUGGUAAAGCUUUUAUCAAACGUUCUCACCUUUGGGGCCAUGAGAGAAUUCAUACUGGAGAGAAACCUUUCAAAUGUAGUGAGUGUGGCAAGGCCUUCACAGAGCGUUCAAACCUUACCCAACAUAAGAAAAUCCAUACUGGAGAGAAACCCUACAAAUGUAAUGAAUGUGGCAAAGCUUUUACCCAAUUUGCAAACCUUACAAGACAUCAGAAAAUACACACUGAAAAAAAGUAUUGUGUUAUGUACAGUUAUGAUGAAGAAACCAAGAGCGUGCCAAUUCAGAUUCUGCCCCACUAA